AUGGGUUGUACUCAUUCCAUCAAUUUUCAUAGUCUCGAGAAAGGUAUUGGUCAUGAAGAACUUGCGCGAACAAGUUUUGAUAUGCAAAGAAUUGAAAUUAUACAUGAUUUAGACACGGAUAAUGAUCAAAAGGGAAAGUUAGCUGUAGACUGCAUUUUUAGAGCAACAAGAGAAAUUUAUGGACAACGAGCUUUAGAUAUGUUAGAUGAAACAAUUACGUGGUCAAAGUUUGGUAUAUCAUUUCACGGUCGACCUUUUCCACAUGAUUUUCCUGCAUUUGCGCAUGAAAAGCCACAAUAUGAAGCAUUAAAUGGAAAGGAGAAUCGUAAAGUUGACACUGAAAAAACACACAAGGAAUUGAAAAAGGUGGAGAGCUAUAAAUUCCAUGACAUAGGCUUAGGCGAAACAGAAAAUAUUGAAGAUGUUGCUGACAAAAAUUGA